AACUUACUAGUCGUUUACUACCUAUGACUUGUGAGGCUGUGAUAUUGUGAGAUCAAUCAACUAAAGUCUCUACCUUCUAAGUUCUAGGGUUUAGUAUAUCGUCAAUAAACAUCCAAUACACAGAAUUUAUACACGCAAAAUUUGGACAUUUGGUCUUAAGAGAGAGAAAAAAUGGGGUCGCGUGAUGAGUCGGCGCCGCACCAACCUCUGCUUAGCAGCCUCGUCGUUCGUCCGUCCGACAGCGGCGGAGGCGGCGGCAGCGAUUACGAACCUGGCGAAGUUCGCCGUGACGCUCCUCCGUAUUCUCGCACAGAUCGUUAUUCUGAUGAUACUGGGUAUAGAGCAAGGGCGGUAUCUGGUUCUCCUGUGCGACGCAGAGAUGUUGAUCGUAGAUAUAGUCCUGCUCCCAUAGAUCGCUUGGAUGGUCCGCCUCGGCAUCGUGGAUUUGGUGGUGGGAGAGAGAAUUUGAGGUCUCCUGGUCGCUACCGAGAUUUUUCACCCCCUCAUUCUCGAGGAAGGGGUGGACGUCCCUUUGGAAGAGGAUUUGAUGGUCCUGGCUAUGGUCCUGGUGCAGUCAGAGGGGACGGAAUGCACAAGAACAACCCUAAUGUGCGGCCAAGAGAAGGAGAUUGGUAUUGCACAGAUCCAGCGUGUGGCAAUCUGAACUUCGCUAGGCGGGAGUACUGCAACAAUUGUAAAAGGUCUCGUCAUGCUCCUGCUGGAAGUCCCCGGAGAGGUUACGGUGGCCCACCUCCCCCAAUGGGCCCCCCACGGCGUUUCCCAGGCCCACCAAUGGAUCGCUCGCCUGGCAGGUUUGGUAAUGGUUACAGAUCACCACCACCACGUGCCUGGCCAAGAGAUGGGCCGAGGGAUUUUGGCCCUGGUGGGCCACCUCCAAGACACGAAGGCAGGUUUCCUGACCACCACCUGCGAAGGGAUCGGCUGGAUUACCCUGAUGAGGAUUUUAGGGACCGUGGCAAGUUUGAGAGGCCACCUCCACCAGAGUGGGGCCCAAGGGAUCAUGGACGAGAUGGCUUUUUGGACAGAAAAGGAUAUGAGAGGCGACCAUUAUCUCCACUUGCACCUCCACCUGCUCCAUCUCGUGGAAGAUGGGCAGAUCGUGACAUAAGAGAGAGAAGCCGCUCCCCCAUCAGGGGUGGGCCACCACCCAAGGAGUUCCGGAGAGAUCCCUACAUGGAAAGGGGGAGGGAUGACAGACGUGGGGUUGGUCGAGACCGGAUUGGCAAUGUGUACUAGAGGUAGACAAGACUUGGCAAGCUAGCUAUAUGAGUUGAUGGGAAAUUUGGGAUUAUUUUUUCCCAGUUCCUAUGAAUUUAGUUUGUACUUUUUUGGUUAUUAUAGUUUAAAAUUGUGAGAUAAUAAUUGAUAUGACUGAAAUAUGAGUAUUAUGUCGGCCUUUGCCAGGAUAUACCUUGCAACUUAUUCGAAUAGUAGUAGGUUCAGUUGCCAAAAGUUUGUAUGAAGCAUUUUGGGUAAAUCAUGUGGCUUGAAAGUAUUCUAGACUGUCUUCAGCUAGGUUUAUUGUAGGUAAAUCUUCACUUUAUGCGGUUUACUAAAGUUACAUUUUGGUUA